UUCAGAUUGUUCAUUAUGUCGGACGACAGGUCCGAUUCCGACGUUGAUCCAGCUCAUCAAGUAUUAGAUGAUUUGCAAUUAAAAAUUCAGAAAAUGGGCGAGGAUCUUCUCAUGUUGAGAGAACAGACAAGAGAGGACUUUCUUAUUCCCGAGGUCGAGAGUGAUAUGGAGGUCGAGGAUGCUGAUGAUGAUGUUGAUGAUGAUGCUGAGGAUGCUAAGGAGGAGGAGGAUGAGGAUAAUGCUGAGGUGGAGGUUGAGGAAGAGGUAGAAAAUGAUGAUAAUGAUGAGGAGGAGGAUGAGAUUGAACAGGAGGAGGAAGAUGGUGAUGAUAAUGCCGAGAUGGAAGAUGAGGAGGAGGAUAAUAUGGAGGAGGGAGAGGAGGAGGGAGAGGAGGAGGUUAAUAUGGAGGAGGAGGAAAAAGAGAGAGAAGAAAAGAAUGACGCUCAAGAUUUGGAUUCCUUGAUGCAAUGUGACACAGUUCUGAAGCAGGGUCAGAAAACUCAAGAUACACCCACUCAGUCCCUCAUGUGCAGAGCGUUCAACAUGUUAAACAAAGAUAACUCUGCAGCACAGAAAGGGCAAAACAAAGAUUCAAAUCAAAAACAAACUUCGCAAAAAACGCUUGAACAAAGUUCUGUCAUAAUUGCAGGACCCAGUUCUGGUCUUACUCCAGAUCCUACCUCUGGACCAAGUUCCAUUCCUGAUCCGGGUGCUACUGCCAACCCUGCUCCAGGUUCCAGCUCUGAUCCUGCUCCAGUUCCCAGUUCUGAUCCUGCUCCUAGUCCCAGUUCUAACCCUGCUCCAGGUCCAAGUUCUAUCCCUGCUCCAGGUUCCAAAUCUAUACCAAACUCAGGUUCAGACUCAUAUUCAGAUUUCCUGGUAGUCGUAGCAAACCUGGAGAAGAAACUGAGCCAUGCUCUUAAUGACGACUUUGAGAAUGAGGAUGAAGGAGAUAAAGAAACAGCAAAGUCUCCUGUUCCUGGGCCCUCUGGUAUCAGAGCAGGUCUAUCCAGUGCACAACAAUCAGGUUCAAACAAGGAGUGCGAUCAAAUACUUAUUGUUACAGAAGAUGAAGACGAAGAAGAUAUCGAAGUUUUGUUUGAACAGAUAGAUGUUCAGAUUGUUCAAGAAACUGGCAAGAAAGGAAAAUCUAAAGCUCCAUACAAGGCUGGUCUGAAGAAAGAAAUACGUUCCAGAUAUAGCCAAAGCCUUCACAUUCACGACAGUGAUAGCGAUAUGAGUAGUGAUGACAACAAUCCCAGCUAUCAAUUAUUACGAGGCCCUUUUAAUAGGGACUAUGAAAAAACUAAGAACUCAGAAACCAACACUACUCCAACUUCACGUCUAAUCCCGAUCAAGAAAGAAGAAACUUCUACACCCGCCACUGUGAUAAAGAAGUGCGUGGUGAAGGUCAAAAAUAUCUUAGAUUUGACCAACGAUGGAAUUCAAGAUUUAUCUGCUGUGCCUGAUAUACAAAUACCAGCACAGUCCGGAAGUACAACCUCACUUUCUUAUGCUUCCUGGAUCACUGGAAAAAGGGCGGAAACAGCCUCAGAAAAUAAGUUAGAGCUGGCCUCAGAAAUAGGGUCGCAGACACCCUCUGUAAGUAGGACGGAAGGAUCUUCGGAUUCUUCAACCACAUUGGAUGUAUCCGGAAGUGGAUUGGGUGCCCCCGGAAGUGGAGCGGGAGCCUCCGGAAGGGGAGCAGGAGCCUCCGGAAGUGGAGCGGGAGCCUCUGGAAGUGAAGCGGGAGCCUUCGAAAGUAAAAGGGAUGAUGCUUCGGAUUUUAAUACAGAGAGCAAUCGAUUUUUGGACGUCACCGGAAUAGCUCAAAUUCAGGAGCUUCAGAAUGAGUUGAAUGCUAACACUAACAGACCAGUCGUAGCCAUUCUGCCAGGCACCAAACCUAGACAAAAACGUGAAGAUCGACUUAACCUCCUCCGUUACAAAACGCAGAUGAGCAGGAUAAGUAACCAAGAUCAGUCCUCAGAAGAUGAAUUUUAUGUAUCCAGUGACGAAGGGAUAGGACACCAACAUCCACCUCGGAGCUACAUGUCCUCAACCUCUAACCGUCCUCGAUGUUCAAUGAUUUCCAUCGGGAAAAUGAUGCCAACACCAGUCUGUAGUUAUCGUGUAUCAGACAGAGAAACCCCGCGUGCGGCCCGGUUUGAUAAAUGUGGCAUGCUGAGGAGACCUUCAAACCGAGCAUCUAACCGUAUAGACGUAGAAAAUCCGGAGGAUUUUCAAAUAAUGGCCAUCAAACGGGAACUAGAAGAAGAGGAAGAGAAGUAUUUUCUGUGUAAUCAACCAAAGCGGGUUAGGUUUGCACCUGACCCUCCCACUCUUGCCGGUCCUUCAGCCAUAGCUGGCCAAUCCGCCGUAGCUUGCCCAUCUGCCGUAGCUGGCCCAUCCGCCGUAGCUGGUCCAUCUGCUAUAGCUGGCCUAUCCGCUAUGGCUGGCCCCUCUGCCACUUCUGCUGUGCCUAAGCCUGCUGAUCCUUCAGCUGUGGCUGGCCCUUCCGCCAUGGUAGGUCCCUCCGGUUCUGGUGGUGUUCGGUCUUCCAACUGCAAUGCUUCGUCAUCCCCAGUUCGUCCUGACGUGGUCCCAGAUACUAAUCGGGAUGAAGAUGACCCUGAGCCUGGGUGCUCCUACUGGGUGAAGAAGAACUCUGUCUCCCAGCAGCAACAAGGAGACACCUCCUCCUCCUCUAUACCGGUCAACUGGGAUAUUAAAUAUAACGAGCUUCUUGCAACACAUAUAGCCUUGCUGGGUAGUCUACAGACUGCAGUAGAGUGUCUGAUAUGUUUUGAAGUACCCCGCAAUGUCCCUAUUCCCUGCUGUACGAACAGACAUGUUUUCUGUGAACCUUGUCUCGGUUCGAUGAGUCCAGCUCAGCGUUGUGUGUCUAAUGUUACAAACAGGAUUCUGGAUCUCAUUCCUCAUUCUUGUAAAUUCAAGGAGGCCGGGUGUCAACAUGAAGCCCAGGUGGACGGAUUGAAGAGCCAUGAGAAAGGUUGCGAGAAUCGCUCAGUCAAGUGUCCUCUCUUCUCCUGUAAGAAGUCCUUCGCUAUUAAAGCACUCGCCCACCAUUUCGACGAUGAUUUGACUCAUGGUGAGAUGCAGGCCAUCACUGCAGUGACUGUUACAUUCACAAUGGUUCUGAAACAUGGCCUAAAUCCGGAACCCAAUGCGCUUAAAAGGGUAAAGUUUGAUGGUCGUAUGUUCUACCUGCAGUGUAUCUCCUGA